AUGUUUCCUAAUUUACAAUAUUUAAAUUUUGGUCGAUCUUCAAUUUACGAUGAACGAUUAUCCUUUGGUGGAAUAUUUAUAAAUGUUCGUAAAGUAUCAUUAUAUAAUGAACGUCCUUUUGAACAUGAAUUUUUCCUUCGAAUUGAGAAAUCAUUUCCAUUCAUGGAAGAAUUAACUAUACGUAAUCAUGAACAACAAAUUAAUAAACAAUUUAGAAAAUCAAAAAAUGAAAAUCAAGAUUUAUCAAUUAUUAAAUAUCCUUAUCUUAAACAACUUGAUCUUAUUCAAACGUGCAUAGAUUAUUAUGAACAAUUCUUAUUCGAUACUAAAAUGGAUUUAGCAUUUGGUGUUCGUGUUGGUAUGAUGUUUGAACUAGUGAAAGAAGUGACACAUAAUUUCACAAGAAAUAGAACAAGAAAUAAUUGUGCAAAAAUUAAUUAUGUAAAUUUAUGUACAGGAAUACAAUAUGCUGGAUAUUCUGACAACUUUUCUGGUGGAAAACAACAACUUCCUGAAUAUAUAAAAGACUAUUUUCCUUAUACACAAAUAGAUUGA